CUCUUGUGUAUGUGUGUUUUUGUUUUGUUUUCGUGUACCUCUCGACAUUCGAUGUAAUUUGUGUGAAAGUUUAAAUCCCGGUUUGGUUAUAUAUUUUUUUUGGGUUGGCCUUUUACCCCCCGUCCACCCCCCCUCCCCUCUCCUCCCCCUCUCUCUCUCUCUCACUGCGUUUGUUAUUUUCGGCUUUUGAUAUAAAAAGCAUGAGCGAUAACGAUGAUAUCGAGGUCGAAAGCGACGAAGAACAGCCGAGGUUUCAGACAGCGGCAGAUAAACGAGCACACCACAAUGCAUUGGAGCGCAAACGCAGGGAUCACAUCAAAGACAGCUUUCAUAGUUUACGUGACUCCGUACCAUCACUCCAGGGUGAAAAGGUCGGUGUUCUAGCAUCCCGUGCCCAAAUCUUAGAUAAAGCCACAGAGUAUAUUCAGUACAUGCGGCGGAAAAAUCACACACACCAGCAGGACAUUGACGACCUAAAGCGACAGAAUACUCUGCUUGAGCAGCAAGUACGUGCACUGGAAAAGGCACGGGCAGCCGCCCAGCUACAGGCCAACUUUUCAUCCUCUGACAGCAGCUUAUAUACCAAUCCCAAGGGCAGUGCAGUUUCUGCCUUUGACGGAGGUUCUGACUCAACUUCGGAGUCAGAAACUGAAGAACCCCAGACCAGAAAGAAACUGCGAAUGGAGGCAAGCUGAACCCCUUCAGACAAUAAGCUGGCUGGCUUUUACUAGGGAUUCUUGUGUAUAGCUUUACUUUUCAGUUUGUCUUCUGUCAGACCCCUUUGUGCUCUAAGGAUUAUAACAAUAGAUGCUGUUAGCAGGAUAGCAUCUCAUUUCAUCAGUAGAAGGACUCCCUGCUCUUCCUCGUGAAUUUACAAAAUGGCAGCUGUCAAACUAUUAAGGACUCCACCUGCUGCACAGGAACUUUGCAGCAAUUCUCAAGACUUAUUCGCUAUCUGUGGCACCCAGUUUUUUGGGGGGAGGGGGUCGAAAGGCUGGAUUUGAAAAUGUAUGUUAUUAAACAGAUAAAGAAGCAAGGCACAAGUUAUUUGAUGCACUAUUAAUCUGUAUGGAUGCGUAUUAUAAAUAGUUGGUCACAUAUAACCAAUCUUUAAUCUUAUUUUGAGACCCUUUUGAUCUUAUUUUCUUUCAAUUAUGAAACAGAAAUUCAGUGUCAUUUGAUGUUAAAAAGUCAUGGACUUCAAAACUAUUCACUUCAGACAAGUUUUAUUUUUCAUGUUUCUUCAAUGUUUUACAGGUUUUAAAAAAUCAAAUAUUCUGUGCCUUGAAUUGCUUUUUUGUAACCCUACAAAAUGAUGGAACAGCUUAAGUGCCCUAAAGCUAUGCUUAAUGGUACUGAAAUAUCAACUGUCAAUACAUCCAAAAUGGGUAUAUUAAGUUUGUGUUUUAGCAGGAACCAAAAUAAUUGUAUUUAAGCCUCAGUCUGCAUAAUACAAUGUACAAAUUUAAAUUGAUUUACAUUACUGCUAAUUAUUGAUGUUUGAACAAUCAACUGGCUGCCAAGCACCGUUCAGGCUGUGUCGGGGGUGUGUGUACAUUUGUCUGUCUCUGCCUUUUCAAUUAUUGGUCUAAGCUUAAACUAGCUUGUAGCAUUAUGUAGAUUUGUCUCUUGUUGUUAUUUGAUGCUAUUCCAUGGAAAAUACAGGUAUGUUGUACAUACUGCCAAGAAUUGUCUUGCAAGUUGAGGCUGACCUUUACUAUGAGACUAUAAAUAAAAACUAUUUUAUCCUUGUUA